CCAGCUGUGGCAGAGACACCCUUGGUGUGCCUCAAAGUGGCAGAUGGAUCUGGGUUUGAGCCCUGUCUCUGCCACUUCGACAGGUGGCUUCACAAUGCUGGGGCUUAAUGCUCCUGUCUGCACAGAGGACAUCCAGUGUGGGACCUGGCCACCCCCCUUCCCUGUGGCCCCCUCCUCCAGCCUGCACGGCCCCUCCUCCUCGGGAGCGGCAGUCUCCACCCCAUCCCCCGGCUCCGCUAGGCUGCCACGUCUGGUCUGGCAGCGACUGGCAAGCAGCCUCUCCGCGCUCCUGCCGCAGCCCCAUGCAGAUCGGCCGCUGAGGCAGCAGCGGGACCCCCGCCCCGCUCCGCCAGCGCUGAGGGUUACGGUCUCCACAGCCUUGGCUCCCACGGAGGUUGCCACGGUACCAGGUGGCUUUGCACACAGGGAGGUGGCAUGGAGUCCCUCUUCCCUGCCCCGUUCUGGGAGGCCCUCUACAGCAGCCACCUGCAGGGCAACCUGUCCCUCCUGAGCCCCAACCACAGCCUGCUGCCCCCCGACCUACUGCUCAAUGCAAGCCACAGCGCCUUCCUGCCCCUCGGGCUCAAGGUCACCAUCGUGGGGCUUUACCUGGCCGUCUGCGUUGGGGGACUGCUGGGGAACUGCCUCGUCAUGUACGUCAUCCUCAGACACACCAAGAUGAAGACAGCUACCAACAUUUACAUCUUUAACCUGGCCCUGGCAGACACUUUGGUGCUGCUGACCCUGCCCUUCCAGGGCACAGACGUCCUCUUGGGUUUCUGGCCAUUUGGAAAUGCCCUGUGCAAGACGGUCAUUGCCAUCGACUAUUACAACAUGUUCACCAGCACCUUCACAUUGACUGCCAUGAGUGUGGACCGCUAUGUAGCCAUCUGCCACCCCAUCCGUGCUCUCGAUGUCCGGACGUCCAGCAAGGCCCAGGCUGUCAACGUGGCCAUCUGGGCUCUGGCGUCUGUCGUCGGCAUCCCUGUUGCCAUCAUGGGCUCCGCACAGGUCGAGGAUGAAGAGAUUGAGUGUCUGGUGGAGAUCCCCGCCCCACAGGACUACUGGGGCCCUGUGUUUGCCAUCUGCAUCUUCCUUUUCUCCUUCAUCAUUCCCGUGCUCAUCAUCUCCAUCUGCUACAGCCUCAUGAUCCGGCGGCUGCGUGGUGUCCGCCUGCUCUCUGGCUCCCGAGAGAAGGACCGGAACCUGCGGCGCAUCACGCGGCUGGUGCUGGUGGUGGUGGCAGUGUUCGUGGGCUGCUGGACGCCCGUGCAGGUCUUCGUGCUGGUCCAAGGGCUGGGUGUUCAGCCGGGCAGUGAGACUGCGGUGGCUGUCCUGCGCUUCUGCACAGCCCUUGGCUAUGUCAACAGCUGCCUCAACCCCAUCCUCUACGCCUUCUUGGAUGAGAAUUUCAAGGCCUGCUUCCGAAAGUUCUGCUGCGCUCCUGCCCUGCGCCGGGAGAUGCGGGUGUCUGACCGCGUGCACAGCAUUGCCAAGGAUGUGGCCCUCGCCUGCAAGACCUCUGAGACGGUACCACGGCCCGCAUGACUAGGCGUGGACCUGCCCAUGGUGCCUGUCAGCCCUCAGAGCCCGUCAACACCCAACACGGAGCUCACCCAGGUCACUGCUCUCUAGGCUGACACCCAACCUGAGUCCUGAGCAUUGCCAGACUCGUGGACUUCACUGUGGCCCCAGAGGGCCUGGUGACAUCAUGGGACAGGUCACACUAAAGCUGCCCUCCUAGUGCGGAGCAGAGGGGGGACACCCACCAGUGAAUGUGCCUGGCCAGAGCCCACGCCAACACCUUUACCCGUCAUGGACUCUUCUGGCCUCUCCCUGCUGCACCCUGUGUGUUCUUGGUAUGCACAUACCUGGAGGUGCGACAGCAGUGUGCCAUCCCGCGCCCUUGUGCCAUGUGCUCUCUGCAUGGAGCCCUGCAGCCCCUCCUUGGUGCAGCUGGACGAGCUUGGAGCUGCCCGGAGAGCUGGCCGGCAUCUGUGGGAGUGGGGCUUGGAGCUGCUGAUUCGGACUUGCCUGCGCCCCACUGCUGUCACGUCCUCGUCCCCUGCUCCCACUUCGGAGAAAUUUCUCAGAGAGGCUUUUCGCUCCAGAAGCACGAAGAGCUAUCAGCCACAGAUGUGGCUGUCCAGAUGUGCAGAGGUGGCUCAGAAGGACGGUGGGCUGCUUGAUCACCUCAGGCCACUGUGUCAUUCUUGAAACAGCCCUGCAUGCCUGGUCUUGGCUGCGCAGUGCUGGGGGCGCUCUGCCAUGCUCUGUCUAGGGGUCCGUGGGUCCUCCUUGACUCUCUUGAAAUUGGAGGUCAGCAGCUACGCAGCUGGCCAGGCCCUGCUCCUGUCCGGGUCCUGGUGGACUUGGAAGAGGAUGGGUUCUGCUCUGCCUCUCCAGUGACUGAGCCGGCUUCAUUUACAAGCCUCCAGGUGUCUGCGGGGGGAGGCCUGAGCUUCCUGUUGCCAGGAUUUGUCCGAAAUGGUGCCAUAUCAGGGUGGCUUCACAUGCAGCGCUGGUACAAGAGGUGGGGCUUGCCAGGACCUCCUUGAGCCAAGUGUGAGAACUCUCUGGUGUGGGAACACCGUGUGGGGGAGGGUCUCCCUGCUGUGGUCACCGGAGAAGCACCCUCCCUGGUCUGCAGAUGGAAGCUGCAGUCUGGUGACCUUGCAAACACUGUUUCUUGCAGACAAACUAUUGAAAUACUCACAACACUGAAAGACUUUUCUGCCUCUCCCUGUGAGCUGGGCUGCAGACCUCAGCCAGGUGACCUCAGGCACCUGCAAAGAAUAGGAAGCACUGAUUUUGGGCUGGCUUCUGCUGCAGGGGGCCCGGGUUCUGGGGGGUCGUUCCUGGGGAGGACGGAGCUGUGCUGCCUGCCCUGGGAGGCUCUGGGGACGGUAGCUGCCACAGCCGGGGCAUUUUCAUGACAAGGCUGAAAGAUCUGUGCUUUGUGCUGGUGUAACAUGUACCUUCAUGUAUUUAUGCAUGCGAUGAGUGUGAUUUCCCUCCAUGUAACCAACCCUGACCCUGCCUCCAGGGGUCAUUGGGGGCCAGAAUAAAUCCCUGCCCACUGAGCAGGUGUUUCUGACUCUCGUGGGGUGGGGCCCUUGAGGUCGUGAGCCUUCCCUCAUGCUCUGAGCUCCUCACCUGGCCAGGUGCUGUCCUUAGGGGACGGUACCCUUGGAGGGGCACGGUUAGUUCAUGAUGCCCUGGAGGUCUUUAACCUUUUCUUCAGCACAAAUAACUUCUCCUUGAAUAACCAACUGCUGCAACUCCAUCCUGCCCCCUGCUGCUGGAGGUUCCCUGUGGAUCCAGGGUGCGCCGUGCUCUUCGCCCUGGGUCACACGGUUUUCUCAGCCCACUAAUCUCUGCAUACCCCCUCCCUGCCCCAGCCCUUUUCCCCUUCCUUGGGCGGACCCAAGGGGAGUUUUGGUGGAAGAUGAGCAGAAAAGCUUCCCUUGGUGGCCCCUGAGAUGUGGACACGCCUCCUGGUUCCUGUGUGGACCCGGUUCUGUCCAGGUUGACCUCCAGGCGAAUGACCCUCCCAGAAAGAGGGGCGUCGGAGGGGCAGCCAGGGCGAGCUCGGGGUGAAGUGUCCUGGCACGGGCAGAUGGGCCAACGUACAGUUUAAUGCAAGUUCUAACGAUGGGCACUUCACUGUUAAAAACUGAGCAUCGGGGCGCCUGGGUGGCACAGCGGUUAAGCGUCUGCCUUCGGCUCAGGGCGUGAUCCCAGCGUGAUGGGAUCGAGCCCCACAUCAGGCUCCUCCGCUAUGAGCCUGCU